GGGCGGGCUCCAGGGAGCUAUCGCGGGCCUCGUCCGGUCUUUCCGGCUGCUGUUCCCAUCUCCGGGCUGGUCCCCGUCGUGCGGCGCCGCGGGGAGAUGCCGGGCCGUGGGGUGCUGGCCUCCGACCCCGCCGCGCCCGUGUCCGCCCACACAUCGACGGCGGCGAACACCGAGGCCCUUAGCAGCAAGAUUAAAGAACAAAAGAUUCUUGUGGAUGAACUUUCUAACCUGAAGAAGAAUCGGAAAGUAUACAAGCAGCAACCAAACAGCAACAUAUUCUUUCUUGCAGAUCGAACAAAAAUGUUUUCUGAAAGCAAAAAUACAUUAGAUGAACUAAGAAGAGAAUACCAAGCAUUAGAAAACUCAGAGACAACCAAAGUCAAGACCCAGUCACCCUGACU